UGACAAUGCCUUCCUGGUUAAAGGCAAGCGACACAGCAGAUGCUCAUAUCCAAGAGCCACCAAAUCUCUUUGGCGGUCGUAUCAUUACUAUAAGCACUAGCAGUGAAGGGGAGGUGAAUAUCAAGGCCAAAGAUCAAGAGGUUACAAUGGAGAAUGGAAUUGCGGGGAUACCACCCUCAAUAGGGCGACAGGACGAGGCAAAGACCCUGAUGAAGAUGACAAGGAUGGGGACUACAGCUCAACAGAAGGGGCAAGAUCCUCAAGACUCACAGAUCUCGCUCUAUGUGAAGGCUGGCAGUGAUGGAGAGAGUAUCGGAAACUGUCCCUUUUCUCAAAGGCUCUUCAUGAUUCUAUGGCUGAAGGGCGUUAUCUUCAACGUCACAACUGUGGACCUCAAAAGGAAACCAGCAGAUUUGCAGAAUCUCGCUCCAGGUACAAACCCUCCAUUCAUGACCUUCAAUGGAGAAGUUCUGGUGGACGUCAACAAGAUUGAGGAGUUCCUUGAGGAGAGACUUGUCCCCCCACAAUACCCAAAGUUGGCAGCAAAGCACCCAGAAUCCAACACGGCAGGAAUAGACAUAUUUGCCAAAUUUUCGGCCUACAUCAAGAACCCUCGCAAAGAGGCAAAUGAGGGUCUGGAGAAAGCUCUUAUGAAGUCCCUGAAGAGAUUGGAUGAGUAUCUGCAGACGCCGCUCCUGGAGGAAAUAGAUGGCAACAGCACGGAUGAUCCUGAUCCAUCUACACGCGGUUUUCUGGAUGGACCGGAUCUCACACUGGCCGACUGUAACCUGCUUCCCAAACUACACAUCAUGAAGGUUGUUGCCCGGAAAUACAGAGGUUUUGAAAUUCCUGCUGGAAUGACCGGAGUUUGGCGAUAUUUGAAUAGUGCUUACCGGAGAGAAGAGUUCAUGAACACGUGCCCUGCUGACCGCGAGAUCGAGUUUGCUUACCUGGAUGUCGCCAAAAAGAUCAAAUAGAUCCAGAUACAGAGACCAAUAGUGGUAGUUUUGUGUGUGUUCGUGUGUGUGCGCGUGCGAGUGUGUACGAGUGCGUGUGUGCGCGCGUGCGUGUGCGCGAGUGUGUCUGCGUGUGAGUGCGUGCGUGCGUGUGUGUGAGUGUGCGUGCAUGCGUGUGAGUGCGUGUACGUGUGAGUGUGUGCGUGUGUGCGUGCGCGUGUGUGUGUGUGUGUGUGUAUGUGCGUGUGCACUCACUGGUGGAGCGGCACAAAUAUUGAUUGUAAAUCGGUAGAUUGGCUACUGUUUCCUUUAACCAAUGGCAGGACCAGGAAAUUAUCCCUUGUUACCUCUUAACAUCUUAAUAUGUAUCGACUCUUGUUUUAUUGGAUGACAAACUACUGUAGUUUUGGUAAAUUUACAUUCCCGAAAUGAACAUAAUGUUCACCAUGGCCUUGACCAUUUUGCAGUUUAACUUAAUAAAAAAUGUAAUAAUACAAAAAUUAAGCUAUAUAUGCUUGUCUGUAAUCUAUGUUUUAUUCUCCUUUUGAGUUCAGGCUAGUAGAUCUACACACAUUUUCCAUUGACAUUUUCUAUUAAAAAAAUAUAUAAAUAAAGUUCACAUAUAUACUUAAUAAAGCUCUCCUUUAAUACUCUUUUAUAUCAAUAAGGAAAAUCUAUUUUUACAGAUUGCCGUAUUGUUUGAAAACUGAUUCAAUUUACCAUUUAACUGUUUUAAUGUUUCAAGCGUUGGAUGAAAACUGCUUUCAUGUUUCGAUUGUUUUAUAUCUAUGCACAAAUCAUGCAACUUAUGCAACUAUGUAACCGUGCAUAAACAGCUUGUGAAGCUCUGAUGACGAGACUUUAAUUAAACUAAUCAUA